ACAUUUUUUUCUUUCAAAAUUCCUAACUUUCUCGUAAUUCCAAACUUCCUUUACUAUAUGACUCAUUCAUUUCCAUCUUUCAAACUUUACCAAAUCUCAAACCCACCACACACCAAAAAAAAAAAAACCCAUUUUUCUAAACCAUGAAGAACACUUUCAAAGAACAAGAUCACCACAAUCACCACUCAUCCAUAACCUUCUCAAAGCUCAUAACCUUUCUCUUCCUCUUAAUCUCAAUCUCAUACCUUUUCUAUUCCCUCAGAUUCGUCACUCAUAGCUAUAAUUGUGAAAGUAACUUACCUCAUCAAAACAACCAAAACCUCCAAAACCCAGACAUAUUACCCAUUAUUCAUAACAGCCACACAAAUUUCAAACCGCAAACAGAAAACCCAUUUCGAGAACAACCUACAAACAUCUCUCACAUAGUCUUCGGAAUCGGGGCAUCAGCGAAGCUAUGGAAGAAGCGAAAAGAGUACAUCAAACUCUGGUACAAACCAGACCAAAUGCGCGGCAUUGUUUGGCUAGAACAGAAAGUAAAACCAGAUCCUAAAGACAAAAACCUGUUACCCGUUAUGAAAAUCUCCGAAGACACAACGAAUUUCAAGUACAAGAACUCGAAAGGUCACAGGUCAGCUAUAAGGAUAUCCAGGAUUGUGUCGGAGACAGUUCGUGUCGGGAUGAAGGAUGUGCGGUGGUUUGUAAUGGGGGACGAUGAUACGUUUUUUGUUGGGGAGAAUUUGGUGAAUGUGUUGAGGAAAUAUGAUCAUAAUGGGUUUUAUUAUAUUGGGAGUUCUUCGGAGAGUCAUUUGCAGAAUAUUUAUUUUUCUUAUAAUAUGGCUUAUGGAGGUGGUGGGUUUGCGAUAAGCUAUCCUUUGGCUGUGGCUUUGGAGAAAAUGCAAGAUAGGUGUAUUCAGAGAUAUCCUGGUUUGUAUGGCUCUGAUGAUAGGAUUCAGGCUUGUAUGGCUGAGCUUGGGGUUCCUCUUACCAAGGAGAAAGGGUUUCAUCAGUUUGAUGUGUAUGGGAAUCUCUUUGGGCUUCUUGCAGCCCAUCCCAUUGCACCAUUGGUAUCUCUCCACCACUUAGACGUAGUGGAGCCCAUCUUUCCGAAUGUAACCCGGAUCGAAGCCCUAAAGCGUCUUACGGUGCCCAUGACUUUGGACCCGGCCGGACUCAUCCAACAAUCAAUUUGCUACGACAAAUCACGGAAUUGGACCGUAUCUGUGUCCUGGGGCUACGCGGUUCAAAUUUUCCGUGGCAUUUUCUCGGCUAGAGAGAUGGAGAUGCCGGCAAGGACCUUCCUAAAUUGGUACAAGCGAGCCGAUUACACUGCCUAUCCGUUCAACACACGUCCCGUCAGCCGAAAUGUUUGUCAGAAACCGUUUAUUUAUUACUUGUCUAAUGCAAUACAAGAUGAGGAUACCGACGAGACUGCUAGUCGAUAUGUUCGGGUUCAAAAGAAUCCGGAUUGCAAGUGGAAAAUGGAGGAUCCAACUCAAAUCAAAGUGGUAACAGUUUAUAAAAAAUCCAACCCGCAUUUAUGGGACAAGUCUCCAAGAAGAAAUUGUUGUAGGGUUCAAGAUACAAAGAGGAAAGGAACAAUGGUGAUUGAUGUAGGGGAAUGCAGAGAGGAUGAAGUUGUUGAAUUGUAGUUAUAGAGCUCCAACUUGCUUGUUGAUAGUUCUUGACUCAAUGAUUUAAUUUAUAUAUAUAAAAUUGUUUACAAUUUUUUUUACUUUCUGAUUUCUUUUUGAGUGGUAGAAGUCCAAAUUAUUACUUUAUUUUCUACUUUAGAAAAUUUGUAAAUUUUUUACCUAAAAGUUCAGAAAGAGACAGAAGUCAAGUUCAUUCAAGUUAGAUUGGGCUGUGCCAAACUUAGUGGAAACUUAUCAUUCAAGUUUCAACAGUCCAACUGUUACUAUACUUUGAUUUGUAGGUCAACUAUGGUGGACAUGAGCUCA